AUGAUUGAGCGAUUGUUUCUUCUGAUUUCCUGCUAUCUAUUGAGCUCGAAUGGAUUUAUGUUUGACAAUGAGAUUGUUGGUGAGCCGAAGGUUGAUUGCGAAGACACAAUGCUGGCAUUGACAUUUAAAACAAAGAAACCAUUUCCUGGACGAGUCUACGUACAAGGAUUAUCAGAUGAUGAACGCUGUGCUCAACAAUUCUCAAAGAACACAAAUCAAUCUAGAUUCUCACUCGUGGUCAACAAUGGUGAUUGUGCGAUGGAAAGGCAUCGAGUCAGUGGGAAACUUGAGGGUCUUAUGUUCUCACUCACAAUCGUCGUUUCCUUUCACGGGACUUUUGUCACCAAAGCUGAUCGGGCCUACAGAUGCAUGUGUUUCUUUAGAUCAACAAGCAUGCUAACAAAUUCUAUCGAAAUGUCCGGUCUUGGAACAACGGAGCUCGUUGAGGCAGCACCGGCACCCACUUGCAGCUAUGGCAUCAAACUUGGAUCUGUGGAUGGACCGCCAGUGAUAGAAGGACAAGUUGGUGACAAAAUCUUUCACGUUUGGGAAUGCGAUAACAAUGAACAACGAAUGCUGGUCCAUUCUUGUUCGGUCACUGACGGAAAAGGAUACAAAUUUGACUUGCUUGACAUCGAUGGUUGUGCAAUCGAUCCGUUGAUCCAACCGGAUUUGAAAUAUGAGGAUGAGCGAAAUCGGGCGUUCACAGAAGUCUCCGGAUACAAGUUCUCUGACACAAAAGCGCUCAACUACGAGUGUGUGAUUGAGUUGUGCAAAAGGGACUCCGACGAGUGCGAGGGUUUCUCACCACCGAACUGUGGCCGUGCCAAACGAAGUAUUUCCGCUAACGUUCGCUCUGCUCCCAAGAAUACUUGGACUGUGAAAGGCAGAAUCUCGAAAAGAGAGGCUUCGAUCGGUGUACGGAACCGAAUCUCGAUGUUGGACGCUCUUGUCGAACGAACAAUCGCUUCGGAUGAGAUUGAACUCAAGAAUUCGACAAUGAUGCAUUUCGAAUCUAUGUCGGUGCCCUCGGUUCGCGAUUUUUUGAGAAUUGCUCAACGGGAGAUUUGCAUCCCAGUCACUACGCUGAUCACCGUUACCCUUGUCUUUUCAUUGUGUAUUUUUGUGACAUUGUUUGUCGGAUGUUUGAUGGCUCGUCGACAUGUGUACAAGAUCGAAAAU